AUUUCUUCUGAGGAGUGGCAGUGAUCUAGACUGGGGUGAGGGGUUUGGAGUGACUCUCGGGUGAAGGAUGGCCAUCAACACAGACGCGGAGUUUGACAAGAGUGUCCUGGGUGGGAGUGGAACGGCUCAGCCUCUCGAGUCGCAGGAGACGGAGAAACUCCUGAGCGCCGCGACCACGGAGCCGGCGGGGGGCAAGACCCCCAGGGUGUCCGCCUCCUUCACGGUCAGUGUGGGGGGCAGCGAGAAGGAGGCAGAGGCGGACCAGAACGGACACGGGGGGCCGUUGGUUUUGGGGUCCGAGGGGCCGCUCGGGGGGGCUCCGUCCUCCCCGUCCCGCCUCAGUCUGAGCCGCACGUCGUCGACCGGCAACACGGCGCAGGAGCAGCCCAAGCCCCCGGACUACCUCAUCCUGGCCAUCUUCUCCUGCUUCUGCCCCGUGUGGCCCAUCAACAUCGUCGGGCUCGUCUACUCUAUCAUGUCCAGGAACAGUAUGCAGCAGGGGGACGUGGACGGUGCCAAGAGGCUGGGCCGACUCUCCCGCCUCCUCAGCAUCGUCUCCAUAGUGCUGGGCUUGGUCAUCCUCAUCGUCUACACCAUAGUCACAGUGAUGGGCUGAGCGAAGCUCCACCUUGUCCACAGAGCCAUAGAAGGAAACCCACCUCGCCCCGCCCACCUGUAGAGUACACCAAACAUAAAUGUCACGAAACGGAAAAGCACUAAACUCAACAGACCAAUCUCGGUCUGCCACGUACAAAUCGUCCCGUGUCCAGCGUAGAAAAAGAGCAUCUCCUCCUCGUCAGCGAGGAGACACGGUGGACAAACCAUAGGGAGACGCGAUGCUAAAAACAGAAACAAAAUGGGGUAAGAAAUGCAUGCAUUAGUUAACAUUUGCUUGAAGACGAAAACACACAUUAAUCAAAAGAUUUCCCUCUCGGCUGGGAGAUGCACAGCGCCAUCCAGGUGCGUGCCGCUGGCAGAGGAUGGACGAGGCGGCGAAGGAAGCCGGACUCUCACUCGGGAGAACCUCAAUGGGCCACUAAUGAGAACAAAAGAUCUGGACAAAGAAGCAGAAUUAUUAUAGAAAUAUACUCCUGGUUUGACUGCUAGCAACUUAUAUACCAGUCCUAUAUAUGUACACAUAUAUGCGCACAUUAGAAUAUAUUUGCAGAAUGCAUUAAUGCACAUUUUCUAAAAGUUUGUAUGUAGCCUCCCGGUGGGCCACAGAAUCGAGAGGAGGCUUGGCUUGCGGAGGGACCGCGACGGUCACGUGACGUUUGGGUUCGAAUCGAGAUCAUUUCGUGUUUUAUUUUGUCGUUUUUUGACGGAAAACAAAGACCCUCUGCAUGCCGAUCUUGGGUGUGGAUAUGAAUCCGUGUUACAUCCAUUACUGUACGCCCCAAUUUCUGGGACCAACUCAAGCAGGACCCCGGUGUCGGGAGACUCUAAGCACUGGAUUAGGAAGCCGUUGGCACUUGAUUGGCACGCCGCUGCGCCUUCGUUCAACAUUCAGCAUCCUUCGUUUGACGGGCAUCUCCUGCUUCUGCAACGCAGGGGGAAAGGGGGCUAGAUGGGAAAUACCUUUUCUCCCCUUCACUUCGUGUUCACGUAGUAAGUCUCAGUGUGGACAUGAACAGAGGACAUCCCCCUGUCCAAAUCCAGACAUUUGCUGCUUUUCGCCAGGCUGGUGUAUUGUAACAGCCCAGCGAGUGCUACACUCUCCUUUCCUCCUCCUCCUGCUCCAUUGGUAUGGUGUAUAUUACAAUAUAUAGGCAUGCUUAAAGUGUACCAUAGAUAUACUGUCAGAUUUCACUCCCUGCACCACUGUAAUGGCCCUCUAACUAAAUUAAUGUCCCUUUGGGGGGAGGGGGGGGUGUGUUGUUGAUUGGUUCGGUUACAAUGACACACAACUUCAUUUUGCUGCCUUAACCGCAUCCGCAGGCACGGCACCAAACAGAAGUUACAGUUUUUCCCGGGUCACCCGCUCAUUAUCCCCCACCGUUAUCGAGCGGCAGCUCCACCUAAUGAACGGCAGGUACUCGAGUAGCGGGUUGUUUGUUUGAAUACGGCAUUGUGGGUAAUUGGAAAGAGCUGACAGACAAAGCGGGGAAGGAGAAUGGCCAUCCGGAGCAGUGGAAAAUAUAUGGUGACACCGGAGACGAAUUACUGGACUACGCCCCAAGUCUCAUUUGUUUGUUUUUUUUUUUUUUUUCGCUGGGUAAUAUGUUUGGCCAUCUGUCACUCCCACCGCUGCCCCUCCAGGGAAGACGUCGUCUUUCGGGAUGAAAAGGGUUUAACGGGUCGACUCUCCUUGUACUGAGAGUGCAGAUUAAUACUUGGAUAUAUAGAAAGUUGUGCCCUGGAUGGAGGCACAAAUAUGAGGGCUUCCGGCCAUUCUGCGGUGCUGCUGAUAAACACAAGAGGCUUACAGCAAACCGUUCCUCAGCGAAUUAGCAUCACUUGCCCCCACCCCUUGUACUCCCUCGAAUAUGUUAAAGCAGUAUUUUUGCUAGCAGCUCAGUUUCGUAAAUCCCGUCUCUCGGUCCUAGAAUGUGCAUCACCGCAAUCUGGAGUUUCUGUUUUACAAGGAAAUCUGUGCGUAGCAGCGAGAAGAGCGACGCAGAAAAUCGCUUAGAGGAUCUGUACAAGUGCAGGAGAAAUAGCACAUUAAUAGCAUAACAGGGUAGAGAAGUUCCACAAAUAACUUGGAAGGAACAACGAGAACAUACAUCUAAACUAUUAUUUUUUAUGGCCUUGCUGUUACCACAGCAAACAAAUUCUUUUUAAAAAUUUCUCUUUUUUCCUUAACCAAAGAGACAGGUCAGAGGAAAGCAUUUGAUUUUUUUUCACUCGACUAUGAGCGUAUAAUAGCAGUUAUGAAUUAUAUGCUUGUAUGUUUUUGGCCGCAUAGGUGGGCUGUCCAUAAGUAUAAAUGCCAACCUGUGCCGAGAAAUUUUAGAAGCAGGACCCCUGUAAAGUCCCAGACGCCCCCCUCUCUAAGAGGGAAAGGUGGAAAUGGAAGUAAUGGGGGAAUUCUGGGUAAAUCUGCACAGACACGUACAAAAGGCAGUGGGCCAUAGCCCACAGACAAGGCCCUGGAUUUCCCGCAACUCGCACCACAGCUAGUCGCUGUUGCCCGAGCGCCGGCUCCGUACGAGAUCUGACCUGUGCUCAAGGAUACACAUCACGUCUAUUUUUCACUUUUUUGGAAGCCUCCUGUAUCCACCUCUCUCUCAUUACCUUGGCUGAGAGGCCUAAGUGCAGUUUUGUGUCUGUUGAAAAAGAAGAAAAAAGACAAACUUUAUAUUCUUGUAUAUUUUCCUAGUACUGUUUCCAAGAGGGACAUAU